ACAUCGCAUCCUGACCCAUAUUUCUGCCCCAAUACUUGCCCCGUUCUCCCGCUCCAUCCUCUACCUAUAUAUCUCGUGAUUGGAAACUAUCGACACAAAAAAAAAGAGUAGCAGAAGAAAUAAACAUGAAUCAAGCAUGGCUUCAAUGCUUACUGAUCAGUGCUCUCUUAUGCUUUUGCCGUUGUUUUCCAAUCGAAUACAACACUGAAGGAGGGCCUGUGGAAGGCAAACUCAAUGUUCACUUAGUUCCUCACACUCAUGAUGAUGUUGGGUGGCUCAAAACAGUUGAUCAGUACUAUACAGGCUCCAACAGCUCUAUACAGGUGGCAGCAGUGCAAUACAUCUUGGAUUCAUUUAUUGAUGCCCUGCAGAUUGAUCCAAACCGCAAGUUUAUUUAUGUUGAAGUGGCUUUCUUCAAAAGGUGGUGGAGGGAACAGAGUAAAGAGAAAAGGGAAAUUGUUCGAAAGCUUGUUGAUUCCGGCCAGCUUGAAUUUAUAAAUGGUGGUUGGUGCAUGCAUGAUGAAGCAUCUACCUAUUAUGUUGACAUGAUAGAUCAAACAACACUUGGGCAUCGAUUUAUCAAGAAAGAGUUUGGAAUGGUUCCUCGCAUAGGGUGGCAGAUUGAUCCCUUUGGGCAUUCUGCUGUUCAAGCUUAUCUUCUCAGUGCUGAGGUUGGUUUUGAUGCAUUGUUCUUUGCAAGAGCUGACUAUCAAGACAUUGCCAAACGAAGAGAAGACCGCACUAUGGAGAUGAUAUGGCGUGCUUCUAAGUCACUUGGAUCUACUGCACAGGUUUUCACUGGAAUUCUUUCACAUCACUAUGAUCCUCCUCCUGAGUUUCGCUACGAUAUUAAGACAACAGAAACAACUAUUCAGGAUGAUCCUUUUCUAUAUGAUUAUAAUGUUGAGGAACGGGUUGAUCUUUUUGUCCAGCUUGCUGAGGAGCAGGCCAAACAAUUUCGUACAAAUCAUAUAAUGUGGACAAUGGGAGAGGACUUUGCUUAUGAGAAUGCAAAUACAUGGUUCAAGCAAAUGGAUAAACUCAUACAUUAUGUAAAUAAGGAUGGCCGUGUGAAUGUCUUCUACUCCACUCCAACAAUCUACACUUUACAAAAACAUGCAGCCAAUGAAAGCUGGCCACUGAAGACAGACGACUUUUUUCCAUACGCAGAUUGUGAGCAUUGUUACUGGACUGGAUAUUUCACCAGCCGGCCUGCUCUAAAAGGUUAUGUGAGAAAACUCUCUGGCCUUCUCCAGGCAGCAAGGCAGCUGGAGUUUAUUGUAGGCAGAAAUAAGGGAAUUACUAACACCGAUUCUUUGGAAGAAGCAAUGGCUGUUUUGCAGCACCAUGAUGGAGUAAGUGGUACUGAGAAACAACAUGUUGCCAAUGACUACGCGUUGCGCCUUUCACGUGCUUCUAUAGAGGCUGAGGAUGUAAUGAAGUCAGCAUUAGUAUGCCUUAUGAGUGGUAAGUUGAAUUGUGCAGACAAUAGUUCCUCUAUGCUAAGGACUCGUUUGAAGCCACAUGAGGGACAUUCACUGCAAGAGAUAGGCUCUUCUAGCACUUCCAAGUAUGAAGCAGGAAGACUAGUGCUUGAACAGUGCCCUCUCUUAAAUAUCAGCUACUGCCCCAAGACUGAAUCUAAAAUGGAAGCUGGGACAAAUCUGGCAAUUGUUAUAUAUAACCCUUUGGGAUGGACACGCAAUGAAGUCAUUAAACUUCCGGUAUCGAGUUCUGCUUUCGAAAUUCUGGAUUCUAAUGGGAGCAAAAUACAAGCACAAUUUGUCCCAAUCGAUCCCACAUUGAGAAAAGUUCAUGAUUAUUAUGCAACAGCAUUUCAAGAAGCCUCAGUUCAAGAUGGAGCAUUGUUCAACCUGUAUUUUGAAGUUGCAGUUCCAUCUCUUGGUUAUGUUGUAUAUUUCAUGAAAGCUACAAAAACUGAAGCAUCCUGGACUAUUGCAAUGAAGCCGCAAGAUUUCAAUGGGGACAUAAUUCUAGACUCAACCAGGAUACAGAUGGUGUUCUCGAAUUCAACAGGGUUAUUGAAGCAGAUUAGAAACUAUGAAGAUGAAGUAUCCAUUCCUAUGCAGCAGUCAUUUUGCUGGUAUAAUGGAAGUGAUGGCAAUACCGGUGAGAAAAGAAUCCAGGCUUCUGGUGCUUAUGUUUUUCGUCCUAACAGUUCAAGCUGCUUUCAUCUUGGGAAUACAAGUGAACAGGCUAUCCAGUCGGUUAUGCAAGGCGAUAUUGUGACCGAAAUAUAUCAACAGUUUUCCCCUUGGGUUUCACAGGUAGUUCGCUUGUACAAAAAUGCAGACGAUGUCGAAAUUGAUUUCCUGGUUGGGCCAAUUCCAAUUGAUGACAAUCUAGGGAAGGAGAUAGUGGCACGGUUCAUGACAAACAUUUCAUCAAGCAAAGAAUUUUACACAGAUUCCAAUGGCCGAGAUUUUCUAAAAAGAAUAAGAAAUUACAGGAAGGAAUGGGAUUUGGAUAUCCAUGAAGAGAUUGCUGGAAAUUAUUACCCGGUGAAUCUAGGUAUGUACUUGAAAGAUAAUGAGACUGAUUUUUCUUUACUUGUUGAUCGUUCUCUUGGGGGUUCAAGCAUUUUUGAUGGAGAAUUAGAGCUAAUGCUACACAGGCGGCUGCUCCAUGAUGAUGGCAGGGGUGUUGGUGAGGCCCUUAAUGAAUCCAUAUGCCUUAAUGGAACAAAUUCCUGCGAGGGCUUAACUGUUCAAGGUAAAAUAUAUCUGAAUGUUGGACCUGUAAGGAAAGCUUCAGAGUGGAGGAGGACAAAGGGACUAAAAGUAGCACUUCCGCUUCAAAUUUCAUUUGCAACAUUAGAAGAAAAAGAAACGAAUCUGAUAAAUAUCCCUCAGUAUUCGGCAUUGCCUCCAGGUUAUGAGUUACCACCAAAUAUUGCAAUAAUUACACUUCAGGAACUGGAGGAUAAGCUUACCUUAUUGCGUUUAGCGCAUCUCUAUGAGAUUGGAGAAGAUGACAAAUUUUCGACCCCCGCAAGAGUCGAUCUUCAAAAUCUAUUUCCAGGACGCAAGAUUGAAGAAGUUGUCGAGCUCAACCUUUCAGGGGUUCAGAAAAAGUCAGAAAUGACGUCAUUGGACUGGCGAAUUGAAGGUGAAGAGAAUGAUAUGCACGAGGCACCUAAGAGAAACAAAAUAAUGAAUGAUGAAUAUCUUGUGGAAUUAGCGCCUAUGGAAAUCAGAACCUUUCAACUUGAGUUUGACGACUGAGGAAGUGCUAUAUGAGAUUUAACAGUUAAAAGAACCCAUGUCCAUUAAUUUUAUAUUGACUGGCGUCAUUCAAAUUAUCUGGUUAUCAGAAAAUAAUUUCCUUGGUAUUUACAUUAAAAGCAUCAUGCCAUGAAAGCAUUUUGCUUUGAUAAAGUUCGGACAGAAUUUCAAGAUGAACUAUUUUUAAGGGAAGAUUUACAAUAUGGAAUUUGGAAAAGGAUACAAAGGUAGAAUAAUUAAAGUCCUUAUAAAAGUCUAAAGCAGUAUCUCAUUCAAAUGUUCCGAUCUUAACAACAUUGGCAUGAACGUUAUCAUUUUUCAUUUCAACGUCAUUAUAGCAUUUAAAAUGCCCUAUAUAUUGAGUUAUAUAAUAAUUCUGAUUUGGCAUCUAAUAUCCAGAUCCUGUUUUAUUUGUUUCA